AUGACCUCCUACUCUCGCGUCGGUGCCGUCACCGGUGCCAAUAAAGGUAUUGGACUUGCAAUCGUCCGCCAACUUGCUUUACAGUAUCCGAAAUCUUCUUUCAACGACGGGCCACUCCUUAUCUAUCUCACUGCACGCGAUGAGCAAAGGGGGAAGACCGCUCUUGGAUCAAUCUUACAAGACGCCCAGCUGAAAGAGACAAAAGUAUUGCGCAGCCAUGGUGGACUCACGGAUGUUCAAUACCUCAACUUGGACAUCAGCUCCAAACACAGUAUCGAGGAAUUUGCGGCUCACCUGAAGGCCGAGCAUCCUGGCGGCAUAGACUUUCUCGUCAACAAUGCUGCAAUUGCAAUGCAAGGCUUUGAUGCCAAUGUGGUCAGAGAAACUCUCCAUAGCAACUAUUACGGCACCCUUCACGCGACUGAACUACUUCUGCCACACAUCAAGAAUGGAGGUCGCUUAGUGAAUGUUGCGAGCGCAUCUGGUCACCUGUCCUCCAAAUACUCGGAUUCCAUCAGGUCUCGGUUCCUGGCCGCCAAGACGCCAGAAGACAUUUCCAAGUUAAUGCAGGAGUUCACGACUGCCGUUGAGAAUGGCUCUCAUCAAAAAGACUGGCCUAGUGCCGCAUACGCCGUCUCCAAAGCAGGUACCAUUGGCUUCACGCGAGCCAUCGCGCGACAGAAUCGAGAAAAUGGAAGUGAGACAUUGAUCAACAGCUGUUGUCCUGGCUAUGUCAAGACAGAUAUGACCCGAGGCGGCGGAGUCAAGACACCGGAUCAAGGCGCUCAGACUCCGGUAUUGCUUGUCCUGGGAGAUCUUGGAGGCUCAAAUGGCGAAUUUUGGCAGAAUGAGAAGAUCAUCAGUUGGUGA